GGAUAACGGCCAGGCCUUGGAGCAGGCCGGUGGCUUCAGUGGGCUCUUAACCCCGAGGAGAAGUAGGAGAAGAGAGGGGGAACAGUCACCGACGAGAGGCCCUGAACCAGGGGGACUCGGUGGACCUGGACGCCCUCAUGGCGGACCUCUGCACCAUCGAGCAGGAGCUCAGCACCAUCAGCAAGCCCAACUCCACCUCCAGGGCCUCUGCCAAGACCCUCCAGAGGGCCCCGGGGGGCCGCAGCGCCAGCUCCAAGCACAGCGGCGGGAGCAGCGGAGGGAGCGCCAGCAGCAGCACCAGGGCGUCGCCGGCCAACACGGUCCGCGGCGUGGGCGCGGUCAACGGCCGCCCCUCGGGCUCCGCCUCCUCCUCCUCGGCCACGCCCUCGGCGGCGGCGGCCUUCUCCCUGGACGACAUCACGGCGCAGCUGGAGCGCGCCUCGCUCAGCAUGGACGAGGCCGCGCGCCAGACCACCUACUCCUCGGCCUCCUCCUCCUCCUCCUCCUCCUGCUCCUCGGCCACGCUGCGGCGGCCAUCUUCCGGCUCGUCCGGCGGCGGCGGCGGCGGCGGCGGGCAGCACCGCCGCACGGGCUCGGUGGGAACGGUGUGCGAGCAGGAAGCGGCGUCGCAGAGGGCCAGCGUUAACUCGGCGUGUGCGUCGGCCUGCAGUAUGGACUCCCUGGACAUGGACUCAGUGCUGAGGGGGGGCGGAGGGGGAGGGGCAGACACCGCCGCCGCAGAGGGCGCCAAGACCCAGGGUGCACCGGGGCAGGGCAGCACCGAGCAUGCAUCACGGCGACGGGCCAAUGGUAAGCCGGCCAGACGUCACCUUGAUUUUGUGUCAUGUGAUGGGGAAAUGGAUCAGGCCACUCACUCCUAUCUGGACCGAGAAACCUCGCUCAUUCUGAAAAGCAUAGCGGGAAAGCCCUCUCACCUGCUGACCAAGGAGGAGCAGGCGGCCAAGCUGAAGGCCGAGAAGAUCCGGGUGGCCCUGGAGAAGAUCAAAGAGGCGCAGGUCAAAAAGCUGGUGAUCCGGGUCCACAUGUCCGACGAGAGCUCCAAGACCAUGAUGGUGGACGAGAGGCAGACGGUGCGCCAGGUGUUGGACAGCCUGCUGGACAAGUCCCACUGCGGCUACAGCCCGGACUGGGCCCUGGUGGAGACCAUCAACGAGCUGCAGAUGGAGCGUAUCUUCGAGGACCACGAGAACCUGGUGGAGAACCUGCUCAACUGGACGCGGGACAGCCACAACAAGCUCAUGUUCAUCGAGCGCAUCGAGAAGUACGCCCUCUUCAAGAACCCCCAGAACUACUUACUGGGGCGGAAGGAGACGUCCGAGAUGGCCGACCGCAACAAGGAGGCUCUGUUGGAGGAAUGUUUCUGCGGGAGCUCGGUGUCCGUGCCGGAGAUCGAGGGCGUGCUGUGGCUCAAGGAGGACGGGAAGAAGUCGUGGAAGAAGCGCUACUUCCUGCUCCGCGCUUCCGGGAUCUACUACGUCCCCAAAGGGAAGGCCAAGGCCUCCAGAGACCUGGUCUGCUUCCUCCAGUUGGACCACGUCAACGUCUACUACGGCCAGGACUACCGCAGCAAGUACAAGGCCCCCACCGACUACUGCCUGGCUCUCAAGCACCCUCAGAUCCAGAAGAAGUCCCAGUACAUCAAGUACCUGUGCUGCGAUGAUGUCAGGACUCUGCACCAAUGGGUGAACGGCAUUCGUAUCGCCAAGUACGGCAAGCAGCUGUACGUGAACUACCAGGAGGCCAUGAAGCGGACGGAGGCGGCGUAUGAUUGGUCCUCCCUCUCCACCUCCUCCAUGCGGUCGGGCUCCAGCUCUGCCAGCAUACCCGCUGACACUCAGUCCAACCACUCGGGCCAAUCAGACAGCGGCGUGGACACAGGCUCCGCCCACGGGCGCUCUCAGAGUGUGGUCAGCUCCAUCUUCUCCGAGGCCUGGAAGAGGGGCACUCAGAUGGAGGAGAGCACUAAGAUGCGGAUGGACUCGACCAGGGGCGGCACCCUACCCCAUCGCCACCACAGCCAACACUCAGUGGACCAGCCCGCACCCGCCCCCGCCUCCCCGCAGCCCCCCGGCCUGCCGCCGGGCCCCCAGCAGCUCAACGGCCAGCUGCCUCCCCCGGACUCGCCCCAUCUGCAGCAGCAGCAGCAGCAGCAUCAACCCCCAACCCCACCCCCAUCCCAGCAGCAUCAAACCCCACCCCCAACCCAGCAGCAGCAGCAGCAGCAACCUCCACCCAAUCUGCAGCAGCAGCAUCAACCAAAGCCCCAACCGCCGCAACAACAUCAACCGCCGCAACAACAUCAACCGCCGCCGCAACAGCAUCUGCGGCAGGAUCAGCCGCCACCACCACAGCUGCAGCAAAAUCAUCAUCAACCACAACAACAUCUGCAGCAGCAACCACCACAUCUGCAGCAGCAACCACCACAUCUGCAGCAGCAACAACCACCACAUCUGCAGCAGCAACCACCACAUCUGCAGCAGCAACAACCACAUCUGCAGCAGCAACAACCACCACAUCUGCAGCAGCAGCAGCCGCAGCAUCAUCUGCAGCAGCCGCAGCAUCAUCCGCAGCAGCAACAACCACAACAACUGCAGCAGAAUCAACCACAACAUCUGCAGCAGAAUCAACCACCCCAACAUCUGCAGCCGCAGCAUCAUCCAACACCACAGCAGCUGCAGCAAAGGCUGCAUCAACAGCAGCAGCAACAGCUGCAGCAGCAGCUCCACCAGCAGCUGCAGCUGGCGCAGCAGCAACAGCUGCAGAAGCAGCACCAGCAGCAGCUGCAGCUUCAGCAGCAGCAGGUGGAGCAGCAGCUCCACCAGCAGCUGCAGCUGGCGCAGCAACAACAGCUGCAGAAGCAGCAGCAGCAGCAGCAGGUGGAGCAGCAGGUGGAGCAGCAGGUGGAGCCCCCCCAGCCGCAGACGGAGCAGCAGCAGUGGCAGCAGUGGCAGCAGCAGCAGCAGCUGGAGGAGCACCAGCGGCUGCUGCAGCAGGCGCAGGCGCGCAGCUACGCCGGUGGCACCGCCACCGGCACCGGCACCAACGCCACCGCCGCCGCCGCCCCGCCCCCGCCCCCGCCGCCGCCCCCUCCCCCACCGCCGCCGCCGCCCCUGCCCCCCGUGCAGGCGGUGUCGCACCAGUCCAAGGCGCCACUCAUGUACAAGUUCAGCACCAUCACCCGCCUGCAGAACCGCAACAACGCCGCCGCCGCCGGGAAGACGGCCAAUCACCUGCCUCCCCUGACCCAGCCGGCGCCGGCGCCGCCCCCUCCCCUGGCCAAUCACGUCGCGGCGGCGGCGGCGGCGGGGAACAACCCCCCGCCCCCUCCUCCCCCCCCGCCCCCCCCUCCCUGCCUGCCGGCCCCCGGCUCGGCCAUGGCGACGCUGAAGCCGGGCCCCUCCAGCCCCACGGGGGCGGCCUCCGCCUUCCCCCCGCCCCCCCCUCCCCCUCCCCCUCCCCCCCCGGGCCCCGGGCCGCCCCCCCCCUCCUCCUCCUCCUACGGGGGGGGCCUCAAGCAGGCGCUGAAGGAGCGCUUCCCCAGCCCGCCGCGGGACCUCCUGUCGCUGGAGGAGUCCCUCCCCCCGGCGCCGGCCCCGCCCCCUCCUCCCCCUCCCCCGCCGCCGCCCCCCCCUCCCCCUCCCCCCCCGCCCGCCCAGCAGCACCUCGGCGGCUUCCCGGCCCCGCCCCCCCUCCGCUUCCCGGCCCCUCCCCCCCCCGCCCCCCCCAAGGCCCCCAAGACCUACGGCGCCGGCGGCUUCCUCCCCCCGCCGCCCGCCACGGCCCACAAGCCCGUCUCCCCCGUCUCCCCCUUCCCCCCGCCCCCCUCGGCCCUGGACGCCCCGGCCCCUCCCCCUCCUCCUCCCCCCCCUCCUCCCCCGCCCCCUCCCCCCUCCUCGGCCCUGAGGAAGCAGUUCAGCCUGCAGGCGGCCCACCUCCCCCCCGACAACCGGCCCCCCACCCUCCCCAAGCAGCACAGCCUCUCCAAGCCCCCCCACUCCUCCUCUUCCUCCUCCUCCUCCUCCUCCUCCUCCUCUUCCUCCUCGGUCAGGCAGCUCGCCAGCCAGUUCCCCGGCUCCUCCCACUCCUCCUCCUCCUCUUCCUCCCUGACGGCCAAUCACGCGGAGAGCCUCAAGGCCCCGCCCCUCUCCCCGCCGGCGGUGAAGGCCAAGCCAAGAUGGCAGCCGGGCGGCGGCGGCGGUGGCAGCGGCGGCGGCGGCCAUGAGUUCCCCCCUCCCCCUCCCCCCGAGAGCGCGCCGUCCGCGUUCCCCGCCCCUCAUCCUCCCCCUCCCCCUCCCCCUCCUCCCCCCCCUCCUGGUCCCCCCGCCUGCCCCGCCUCCGGCCCCACCCCGCCCCCGCCCCCGCUCCCGCCGGGGGCCGCUGGCUCCUCCCCCUUCGGGAAGAAGGCUCCGCCCACGCCGCAGAGGAACUCGAGCGUGACGGCGGAGUCGUGCGACGCCUACCAGGAGUCCCGGAGGAACCUGCUGCGCAAGUUCAACGGCUCCGCCUCCUCCUCCACCACCCCCUCCCCCUCCUCCUCCUCCACCCGGUCCCCCUCCAAGGACCCCCCCGCCGGCCCCCCGGCCCCCCCCAAGCCGGGGAAGCUCAACCUGUCUCACCUCCAGAGCAGGGCGGGGCCGACCCGGCAGACGGGCGGCGCCGACUUCCCCUCGCCGCCGCACGACUACGGCUGCUUCCCCCCGCCCCCUCCGCCCUCCGGCGACCUGUUCCCGCCCCCUCCCCCCCCGCCCCCGCCGCCCCCCCCGCCCGGCGGGCCGCCCCGGGUGGCGGUGGUCAACCCCCAGCCCCAGGCCCCGCCCUGCCCGCCCCCUCCCGUGCCCCCGCCGGCCCACAGCGCCCCCUGGGGCAAGGCCUCGCUGAGGAAGACCCCGCCCCCCACGCUGGGGCGCCGCGGCAACGCCACGCCCGAGCCCGGGGCCGCGCCCGCCCCGCUGUCGCCCGGCGCCAACCCGCCGCCGACGUCGCCAAAGGGCGGGAACUUCCUGGACGACCUGCACCGCACGCUGAAGCGCAAGUCGACGGGCCGCCAGGGCUCGCUGUCGUCGGGGCCCGGGGCCCGCCUCUCGGGCAAGAUGGACGCCGCGGCGGGGGGGGAGGGCGCGGCGGACGACAUGGCGCUCCCGCCGCCGCCGCCCGAGCUGCUGUCGGACGGCGGCAAGAACGGGGGCGGGGCUAACGGCGGCGGCGGCGGCUACCUGUCGGGGAACAUCUCAGGCUAUGCAACGCUGAGGCGGGGGCCAGCGCCCACGCCGCCCAAGAGAGGGGACGCCACCAAGCUCACGGGAGAGUGUUGAGACGCUUAGAGAGGGACGCGGGGACGGACGGACGCACGGACUGAAGACGGCCGGACUGAGGGACAGGGCGACAAACAGGGGAGACCUGAAACUUCCAUCCUGUCAUCGUCUUGGGAUUGCGUGUGUGUGUGUGUGUGUGUGUGUGUGUGUGUGUGUGUGUGUAUGUGUGUGUGUGUGUGUGUACUAAG